AUGCGCAUUGCAUCAUGGGAUAGAAAUGGCCAUAUGCUUGUCUUGCGACGAAGUAGUCUGCGUAGGUCAAGCAAACUUUGAGUAAAAAAAAUAUUCACUUGCUCAGCUUUGUAUCUAGUAAUACCCAUUCGUAGCGAGAGGGAGAAGACGCAAGAUACUUUUAAUACGUAACUGGCAGUUGGGAAAGAGUCGAGGCAUGUUGAGAAGAUGGACAAGAAGCAGCCGCAGCACGCUCCAGCUGUUGAUGACCUGCAGACUGCAUUCAAGAAGUUGAGGGUCAAUUUCAGCAGUGAAUGCAGACGAGUGACACCUGGUCUUCAGAAACACCACCACCAUCACCACCACUAUCACAACCAUCUAUCGGCUCCCGUCCGCAAGUUCCGGUCACGGUCUGCGUCGACGAGUGUCCCCGAGGGCAGCAUGGAGCAGAAGUUGGCCACCGUCUCUGAACAGUUGGAGCAGGCCAGGCUGGAACCCAGGCUAGAACCCUCCUUGCCUGCGCCUCCCUGCCCUGUGCCUGCCUGCCCUCCCACUGUCUGUUCUGCGAUCAAGACGCCAACCGGGUCGGAUCUGACGUGCUCACAGCAGGCAAGGAUGGACGACACGACCGUCGACGAGCUUGCGGGAUACUUCGACAACCUUGUAUACAUCCCGCGAAAGAUGUCCGUAAUGGCCGAAAUGAUGUACACGUAGCAGCGUUGGCCGCGCAAUGACGCGCAGCCAGGAAAUGAAAUGGAGUUGACCUCCGUACCUGUAUCUUGCCCGUGUUAAGUUGUGCUGAGGCAAUAACCGUAGGCAUACGAUGGCUGCAGGCGUAGCAAGUCAUCGUCCCCCUCCCAUUCCCUCCUCGUACCCUAUAUUUCGUGAUACAGGUUUUUUUAUACGCUUGCUUCUACUGGCCUAGAGCAAAACGUUUGUCCCUCCUCUUUUGUGAUAUGUGGACCCUGCUGCUCUAGCGUGCAAUUAGGCAAAGGCAAGCGCAUGCUUGUCUUUACCGCAGGUUUAGUCUUUGUAAGCUGAGGAGAGCAGUGGUUCGAGGUGUGUGCUUAUUGAGCGCUUUUUUUUUUUUUUUGCACUUGCCACACUACGCAAGACUUUGUUUAUGAAGAUCAAGUUGGUAAUCUGUAUUGGAUACAAUGUGCUGCAAUAAUGAAACGGGUGCCCGAGUCGGGACAUAAGGAGGAUUUAUACUGGGGUCGGAAACUGUUCAGUGCUUUGCUGUCAAACCCCGAAUAUAGAUCCAUUCCUUGGCAUGGCACACAGUUUUGCCCCGUUUGUUCAUGGCAGUCCUUAGUGUAGCAGUCAGGUUGCAGAGCCAGGCGAAUGCCGACAAUUUAGCCGAGUGAAUGUCUGCAGCUGUGUGUGAAGUGUCUGUGUGAAAACUGCAGUAGAGGCCCCUUGGCCGAGCAGCAAGGGGGUGUGCUGGGUGGGUGAAUCCUGUGCGCCAAAGAGAUCCCCCUAAACAACCUUUCCUAGCUUUACUACAAUUUUUUAAUGCCUCGUGGUGGCACCUUCGGUGUGUGGCUCGCUGUCGUGAGAGUUACUUGCAGGUCGUCAGACGAACGAAUAAAAUGUUUUCAAAUUCUU